AUGCAACUGCAGGAUAUUCCCCUAGAGCUACGGCAGGUCAUAUUCGAACUUGUCCUCACAGCUCCAGUGGCACCAUCAAGUCCCUCAGAGAGCCAACAUGGUCGAGGUCAGCUUAUUUACCCUCUUCGAGAUAUCCGAUGGGGAUGGAGACCAGAGGGUGUUUGGCAACAGGCACCCAGGGACAAAUCGCUAAGCCUGCUUUUGGUCAGCAAGCAGUUCUACGUCGAGGUCCAGGAUAUUAUGAGACGUCUUCCAAACAACUACCACGUCGAUAUCAUGUUCGUAAAGAACUAUGGGCUUUGGCCUACGUGGGACAUUGCGAAGCGACCGGCAUCACGAUACAUCAACAAAAUAACCUCGACGAUCCGCAUCUUUGAGCCGACCGAUGACCUGGACGAUCGCUUUCAAGACAGCUUGAACUUCUCAGGUGGCGAUGGGGGACCCGGAGGCGGUGUUAUGGCGUUCUACGAACUUCUAUUGAGCGUGAUUCAACAUGGACCUGGGGAGAACGACAACCCGUGGUGGCUUCGCUGGAGUGGCAUCGAAUAUGGAAAGAAGCUGGAACCCGAGACACGAGUGGCCAGCUUCAUGAUUUCUCAUUUGGACACCGUUUUCAGUGUAGGAACUGAUACCAUGCCAUAUUGUCAAGAAUUGUACGAUCACAUCACAGAAAGUAUCACCUUUCAGCUCAACGGACAGGAGUGGAAGAAGAGGCGAAUAGACGAGUAUCUAGAGAAAUCCCAUCCCUCGACAUGGCCGCAAGAUUAUAGAAAUGGUUGGUGCCGCAAGACGUUGAAGACAAGACAGCGGAUACGGAUGAUUCGUAGGAGACGAGAGAAGGUGAGGAAAGAUCUGGAGCUGAAUGAAAAGCAACCCAAAUAG